CAGAUAUUUUGAUAGCAUUCAAAUUAUCCAUCACAUGUCUCUUUUGUUUUGAAGAGCGUUCCCAGUAUGAAGUGCGUUUUACAUAAAAUAUUUAAUAUCUUGAUACCGUUGCUGUUGUUGGUGACUAAGGGAGGAACAGAAGACGACGAUAAUUGCUUCGGCAAUUACGACGCUUAUGAUAAUACGUAUUCUUAUUAUUGUGACCCUUCCUCUGAUCAUGUUGCAAUAAUAGGAGGAGUUUUUGGUGGUCUUGUUGUACUAGGUUUAAUUGUAACAUUCAUUGUCAUCUGGUACUGUAAUAAAACAAAAACACGACCAGGACGCGUGGUUAAUCCAACAACUGUUCCUACUGUAACACGAACUCAGUUUGGUGGAACUUAUGGUAAUAAUUUUUCACACCACACUACCACCCAGUUUGGAACUGCUUUUACAUAUGGUCAACAGCAACAGUCUCAGGACGAUCCGUAUCCACCACCACCAGCGUAUAAUUACUAGCAAAACAAGUUGGAUAUUGCUUGAUAGAGAUGUAACAUAAUAAAGAACACACGGUCAUCUUCAUAAAGACAGUACUCACUGAAAUAAACUAUGUUUAUUGCCCUUAAUGAAUCAAAUUCUUCCUAAAAUAUCUCUUAUAACAACUGAGUCUAUCAAUUUCAAAGUUGAACAUGAUAUCGUAUAAGAACGGAACAAUUAAACAAGAUUGUUCUCCAUCAUCAUAGAAAAGUCGGGUUUCAUCAAACUUUACGCUCUGGAUGUAAAACAACCAAUAGUCAAUCAAUCAAACUUUAUGUGCGGAAUGAUAUCAGCUUAUGCAUGAAUUUCUAUGUGUUUGUAUAUUCUAAAUAUUUGUUGCAAUGCGAGCACGUACAAAAACUUUUUUGUUGGUGUCAACUACAAAAACAAAUGUGUUGAUGUCUUUGUCAAAUUUACUAUCAACUACAAAAACGUUUUUGUUUGCGUUUUUUUUUUUUUUUUUUUUUUUUUUUUUUUAUUUAUUUGUAUGAUUGUUGAAUUUUUUAGUCAGUUGUGUUGUAUGUUUGUCAUGAAUGUUUACCCAAUUUUGGCUGCUGAAUUCCAAUUAUUGUCAUAUUAUCCUUUUAUAUUUGUUUUGUUGCUUACCAAACUUUGUCAAUAUAAUAGAAUUAUAAAACAACUGUCAUACAAGUGGAAGGUUUAGCUAUCUAUAAAACCAUGCUUAACCAACCAUUUUCUUCGAAAAAUGUCUGUACCAAGUCAAGAAUAUGACAGCUGUUUUCCAUAUUGGUUCCGUUGGUUGGUGAAGUCUAACUUUUGAUGUUUUCUAUUUUCAUUGACUUCUCCAUUUUUGAGUUUACCUUGAAGUUUGGUAUACUUGUUAUACUUUUGUUUUGAUAUGUUGUAGACAAUUCUUAAAUAUGGAUCCAAUUCAAAGGAUAUAAAAGUUUCUUAGAUACAUUUUAAAUAUGAGAAUCUCUUUUACAUCUCCAUACAGUUUCCUAUCUUUCCUUUUAAGAAUUAAUAACACGUUGAUACAUGUUAUUAGUUCUUACAUGGACAGCUGUGUUAGAUAAAAAUGUACUUUCUCUUAGAUUAAAAAUUAAGAUGAAUAAUAAAACAUAAUAAUAAAUUUAUUAUAGAAUAAGAAAGAGAUGAUUCCUGAUGAGGAUAAUAGGUGAUGAGAUCGAGGCUUCUAUUUCUCUCUAUCAUUCACACAUAAAAAAAUACCACAUGCAUUUAAUUUAUGAUACUACCUUGCAAGGCCUUUAAUUUUUGUUUUUUACUCCUAGUUGUAGUUCUAGUUUUAAUAUCUUGUACUAUGAAUACAGCUAAAGAUACUAUCCACAUGUGUGUUUCAGAUCAGGUGUUUCAUAGUUCGUUAUAAAAUUCUAAAUUGUCGAGAGUGCACAUUUCUAGCUUGUUUAACUAUAAUAAAACCGCUUAAGAUAC